AUGCACGACGCCGACGACGCCGACGAGGAGAUCGAGCGCACGCGCGGCGAGCGGGCGACGCGAGUGUGUCGAUACGGUGUGCGCGCGGUGGCGCUCGCGGUGGUGGUCGUGCUCGCGGUCGGCGCGGCGGCGGCGGCGAUGACGCGCGGCGGCGACUCGACGCUGGCGACGGCGGACGCGGCGUCGGCGGUGAUCGGUGGGCGAGGUGGGAUGGGGUGGAGAGUCGAUGGUGAGAGCGGUGAUUUCGCGGGCGCGCGGGGACGGCGACGGGUGGGAGGGGGGCUCGGUUCGAAACCGCGGACGCGCGCGACGAGCGAGACCGCCGCGUAG